AUGGAAUACUGGAGAAGGAAUAAGAAUAAGAAGAAGAAAGAGAAAGAAAAGGAGAAGCUCAGAAAUUGGUCCCUUAGAAAUGGAAGCCUGUUUCUUGAGCAACUCAUCUUGGACUGUAACGUAACCUUCACCUUGUACAAGGGAGUCAUCGGAGGAAGAUCUUACGUGAUCAAGAGAUUUACAGAACCAUGGCGUGAAGAUGAGCCGUACAACGAUAUUCCCUUGUCUGCUCGCAAUUCCUCUUCCGGUGGUGUGUUUGACGACCUAGGCUACAGAUUGAACCAGCGCGGUCGUGUUGGUAGCGAGGAUGCCCUGUUGUUACCGUGGAAUAUACAUUUAAAGAUUGCUAAAGAAGUUGCUACUUCUCUAUCUUAUCUUCACACGGCUUUCCCUAGAAUCAUUAUACACAAAGAUAUCAAUGCAAUAAAUGUUUUCUUGGAUAAGAAUGGAAAGGCUAAGCUCACUGAUUUAUCGCUUUCCAUAACACCUUCGAAGGUAAAUCAAUACCAUUAA